ACUGAUGCAUGUCGCUAUAGGAAUAUAUGCAGAUUAAGAGAAACAAAGCUGGAGAGUGAAAUAUGAAUGUGCAAUGAGAUCGGUUUUGCCUCUUUCGAAUAAAGCCCGUGCAGCCCGUUCUGCUCCAAACACCGCCCGCAUGCAGCCUGCGGAGCGGCCCCACCCCUGCCUCUCUUCUGCCCGACUCCCUCAGGAUAUUUUUAGCGCCGAUGAUGCGCCCUGUCAAUUCACGUAACGGAAACUACCUCAGAGCCGAGAAACCGUUGAGGAGGGAGGCUUUUGGUCCGGUUUUAUUGGUGUGAUCUGCAAGGAAAGUCCGCGAGGAAGAUGAUAUUUGAAAUGAAUUUGGUGUUUUGCAUGUUGGUGGUGCUUACCGGCCCAUCGCAGACAAGAGGUCAGAGCGGUGUGUUGCCUCCUGUCCUCACCCCAGCUGCCCCCCCGAGUCACGCUGGAAGCUCAGCAUCUCCUGACCUGACGGAGCAUCCUGGGAAUGAGCCCUCACAGUGGACAUAUAAUCCUGCAGGCGGGGAUGGAACCCCAACCCAAACCACAACUAUGACCAAGACCGAAGUGACAGUCCAUUCAGAGACUGUGACAAAUUCUUUCGGCCUAUAUCAAACACAAUCGUCCACCGCUACAUCCCUACACACCAAUGUGCCUGCUUCACUGUCAGCUGCCACAGAAAGCCUUUCGUCCGCGCCGACUGUACAGAGUAGCGCCUCUACGCCGCACAUCUCCACCACGGAAGGCAGAGCCGCUCUGACCACAGAUCCCUUCAACACCUUUUCAUCUCCAGCAGCCAGCUCGUAUCCAGUGCAGGAUACGAGCUCCACGGCCCACGCCUCCACCUUGCAGCCACAGUCUGAACCACUGACUUCAGCCCCCACGCAGCCCACCACCAAAGCACAGCCUCUGACCUCAGCUCCAGGCCGAGGUCCUGCUGGGCCUACACACCGAGAGGUCCCGCCUCAGCUCAAUGUUGGAGAUGAAGACCUCAAGAGGCCCCGCUCAAGCUCCCCUUUAGACCCACUGCUGGCUGGCCUGCUUUCAGUGUUCAUCGUCACCACUGCUAUCGUCUUCGUCGUCCUCUUCCUCAAGUUUCGUCAGCGGACAACUCACCCAGAGUUCCAUCGGCUGCAGGAUCUACCCAUGGAUGAUUUGAUGGAGGACACGCCGCUCUCCAGAUACUCCUACUGAUGGAAGCAUCCUGUCCACGACACUCAAAGAUCAAAGCUUUGACUGUAUUUAGCUACGAUUCUUAAGAAGAGUUUUGGGUCAGUGAUAAAAUGAUAUUCAUCUGUAGUUCCAUAAAGAGGAGCUUUAGUCUUUUAAAUGGGAGAUUGUAGAUGUUCUUUUUGCCACAUUCCCUUUACAUUUCCAGAGAUCUCCAGUCUAGUAGAAACUGUUUUUUUGAGUUAGUAGAGCCUCUGCACCCCUGAGUGACUCCCCAUGUAUGCACAGCACUUUAAAUCGCUUGAAUGAUUGCAGUGCCCCCUGGGGGACGUCUGAGGUAAUGUGGAUCAAGUCCUAAACAGACAACCUCUGGUUAUAUGGCAAGAAGAAAGAAAAAAAAGAAAUGGGAUAUUUGCCAAAAUUACCACAAAAUGAUUAAGGAAUAUAAAUGAUGAACCCUUAGGAGACCAAAUAUUAGUAAAGUGCACUUUUAAGCCAAAUUGCCAGGUUGCACGCGUUGUCUUAAAACUAAGGUUUUGCAAAAUAUACUUAAAUGACAGAAGUGAUUUUAUAAUAAGCCAUAUCUUUGGGAAAAACAAACACAACAUAUUUUAACUUCAAAUUUGACAUGGAACAUAUUUAUUUUUGCAGCCUUUAAUUGUGUUAUUACAAUUGUGGGGGGACUUUUAUUUUCAUGGUCUGAAGCUGGUAUAAAACUUGAAUUUGGUUCGGACAAAUGUUUGCACUAAAACAAACUUAAAUUAGAAACAAAUUAUAAAAGUAAAAUAUAUAAGUUUUGAAAACAUUUUGUAAAAUGCCUAUUUAUAAGGAAUGUAUUUGUUUUCUGCAAAUGGUAUUUCUUCAAGUGCUGUAAGUGGAGACAAUGAGGAAUUUCCCAGGUUUAGAUAGUUGUUACCUGUAUCAGCCUCUAUUAUUAGCCUAUCAAAUGUGCAGGAACUAAGCUGUUGUUUCACAGUUUUUAUUACCUCGUGUGUUACUUUCCUGUUAAGUGCCAACAGUGAUGUAUUAUUUAUAAUAUGCCAUUGAAGUGUGGACUGUAAAAAAUGUAUUGAUAUUAAGUUUGAUAAUAAAACACAAACUGUGAUGUA